CGUUCCUCCCAACCAGAAGGCUUCUUUAUCCAGUCAAGAAGACCACAAAGUUCAACAAUGGCCAUCACUGACAUCCUUUCUGCUAAAGAUAUUGAAUCUGCUCUCUCCAGCUGCCAGGCUGAUGACUCCUUCAACUACAAGUCUUUCUUCUCCAUGGUUGGUUUAUCCAGUAAAACUCCUGAUCAGAUAAAGUUAGUUUUUGGAAUCCUUGAUCAGGAUAAGAGUGGUUUUAUCGAAGAAGAGGAGCUUCAGCUAUUUCUGAAGAAUUUCUCUUCAAGUGCCAGAGCCCUCACCUCUGCAGAGACCAAGGCUUUUCUGGCUGCAGGUGACACUGAUGGUGAUGGCAAAAUUGGAGUGGAAGAAUUCCAGUCUCUGGUGAAGGCAUAAACAGCAGUAGACCAAAGGCAACCUUGGACUGACUCUUCCAAUUACCUCGUCCAACAAGCAUUCACACUCAGAAUGUGUUUGUACAUUUUUGUAUUGUUUCAGACCUUAUCAAUUCCCCAAACACCAAUUUCACACACCAAACU